CGUAAUAAUUGCACACACCCAACAGUCGUCUUGUAAUACGUCUCAACAGUAACAUUCUGAAAUCGCCAGUAUCAUCUGUUCAGUAGACACGCAACUUGCGUUUGUGAAUCAACGUAGUUUGGUUUUUGAGAAAGUUUUCCAGUAAAAAGUUGGCAUGGACGUAGAAAGGGGACGUGGAAAGAACGAUCUUUCUUUCGGUUCUUUUACCGAUCGAAUUAAGGAGAAAGCUAACCAUCCUACUGUGAGCGGAGCUUUAAUUGUGUUCCUCGUCCUCGAUGUCGUCAUGUUGGUGUUUGGAAUAAUCAACAAAGACAAAUGUCCAAUUGAUAACAGGAUACCAAUAUACCUUAUUGUGGCAGGAGCUGUCGGUAUCAUCGCAAUGAUAUUGCCUUUCAUCAAUCGAAAGUUGGAUUUGGCCAUUUUAUCGAUCAUAAUUACUAUACUCUACAUCUUCUCGUUUGUUUGGAUGAUUGUAGGUUCCGUCUGGGUUUAUAGAAUAUACGAACCAAAUUAUAUUGAAAUCUUCAACAAUUACUGCAAUAAAACGGCUUACCUCUUAGCGUUCUGGACGUUAACCAUUCGAUGGAUAUUUAUCGGCCUUUCCAUUAUAGCGGCGCUAAUCACCUGUUGCUGUUCACUGUGCAAAUAAACCAAUUACUGAACGAACAGCAGUAACGCCAAUUUAUCCGUAUAGUACAAACAUAUCCAGCAUUAAUUCCAAUCAAAUAUCUCAAGAGCAUUUGCAUAAAUAAUUACAAUAAAAGUCCAGUGAUUGACAGCUUUCUGCGCUCAUUUUGUCAAUCGAAAUAAGCUUUUUUUCUAUUUGUUAUAACGUUUGUUGUUUGUUACGUAUGUAUUUAUAUA